AGUCUGACUUGUUUAGCAAUAAAAAGGGAAAAAACUGUUUAAAACCGAAAGCAUUCGUUCAACUUCUGAAGCGCAGCAGCAAGUCUGACUGGAGUCCCUCACAAAGCAAUAAAGAGGAAACAAGAAAAUAAAAUCUGAGAUGGGUCGGCAUGACGGGAAAUCCAAAACAUUUGCCAUCAGUUUGCUGCUGCUGACUGUGUGCUGCAGCCACAUCACUGCUGCUAGCAUGAAGGAGCAUCUGGCCGAAUGCCUGGAGGACAAAGACUACGACCUUCUGCUGGAGACGCUGAAAAACGGUCUUCCAUGCAUUAAUACCUCUAAUCAUGUCGUUAUUGUUGGGGCUGGCAUGGCUGGACUGACCGCAGCUAAACUGCUUCAAGAUGCUGGACACGAGGUGACCAUAGUGGAGGCCAGCGGCCGCGUUGGUGGACGAGUGGAAACCUACAGGAAUGAGAACGAGGGCUGGUACGCUGAACUGGGAGCCAUGAGAAUCCCAAGUUUUCACCAGAUCGUCCUCUGGUUUGUGGAGCAGCUGGGCCUGAAGUUGAGCAAGUUCACGAUGGACGACAACAACACAUAUUACCAUGUCAACGGGGUGAAGAAAAGAACGUAUGCAGUCAAAGCAAACCCUGAUAUCCUCCAGUUCAAAGUGCGAGACAGCGAGAAGGGGCGUUCGGCUGACCAGCUGCUGCAGGCAGCUUUGAAAAAAGUCAGAGAUGAAGUGGAAACUCACGGCUGCAAAGCUGCACUGAAAAAGUACGAUCAUUACUCUGUGAAGGAAUAUUUGAAAGAAGAAGGGAAUCUGAGCCUUGAGGCCAUCAGGAUGAUUGGAGAACUUCUUAACGAACAGAGCAUGAUGUACACGGCCCUGACCGAGAUGAUCUACGACCAGACAGACGUCAGCGACAACGUCACGUACUAUGAGGUGAUUGGUGGGUCGGACCUCCUGCCCAGAGCUUUUCUCACGUUGCUUCAUGGUCCGAUUCUCCUGAACUCCAAGGUUCAGCGCAUCAGCCGGUCAAACACAGGCGUCACCGUCUCCUACCAGGCGGACCAGGAAUCCUCUCUGCGCCACAUCGACGCCGACGCCGUCCUGGUGACGACCACCACAAAAGCAGCUCUUUACAUGGACUUCGACCCGCCGCUGUCCAUCCAGAAGAUGGACGCUCUGAGGUCAGUCCAUUACGACAGCUCCACCAAAAUCCUCCUGACCUUCAGCCAAAGGUUCUGGGAGAAAGACGGCAUCAGAGGGGGAAAGAGCAUCACCGACCGGCCAACACGAUUCAUCUACUACCCGAGCCACGGUUUCCCAGGCAACGACUCCAUUGGCGUCCUCCUGGCCUCCUACACCUGGUCUGACGACUCCCUCCUCUUCCUCGGCGCCAGCGACGAAGAGCUGAAGGAGCUGGCUCUCAGAGAUCUGGCCCUGUUGCACGGUGACAGGGUGAGGUCGCUCUGCACCGGUGUUCUGGUGAAGAAGUGGAGUCAGGAUCCAUUCAGCCACGGCGCCUUCGCUCUUUUCACGCCUUACCAGCACCUGGAGUACGCAGCGGAGCUCUUCAGGAGCGAAGGCAGAGUUCACUUUGCUGGAGAGCACACGGCCUUCUCGCACGCCUGGAUCGAGACGGCCAUGAAGUCGGCCAUCAGGGCCGCCGCCAACAUCAACACGGAGGCCAUAUUGUUUUCAGACAGAUGCAGAGGGAGAGAUGAGCUCUGAAACCAAAGAAGAAUCUAAUUCUGUUCAUUUGUAAAUGAGAAACAUUUUUGUAAUUUGUUUUAUUUGGGUUUUUGUCUAGUUGCAUCUAAUGGCGAUUUAACAGGGACACAUUGUGCGCUGGAGUAAAAUUCAUUGUCUGUGUAUGGAAGAUGAUUAGUGCCACAGAAAAAAAAGAAUUCUGUGAUUAAAGAGAGAAAAAUGUAAAUAUUCUGAGAAAAAAUGUCAGAACAGAUUAAAGUUAAAAUUCAGAGAAAAUAGUCAGGAUUCUUUUUUCUUUUUUUUCUCAGUGGCCCUGAUCAUCUUCUGUAAAACUCUGCAAAUAAAAACAAUGUUUU